CUAAGCUCCGGUCAACCAUGGUACAAAGCUCCAUGCUUCCGGAAAGACUGCAUAGCAAGGGUGACGACCGCAGGUUGAACGCGAACGAGGCUUGCGAGAACCAUUGGUCUUCUGUCUUCGGUUCAUUUCUCCUUGGUGCGUUCUGUACCUUGGAGGACAAAUUUACAACCCAUGGGUUUGGUAUUCUAUGCAAGAAGGUGGCUCAGAUUGCUGGCCUGCAGACUGACUCAGUGGGCUAA